AUGUGCAAGCUUGAUUUUCUCAAGAUAUUGGAUCUUUCAAAUAACAAAUUAUCAGGGCCAAUUCCAAGUUGUUGUGGAGUCAGUCUAUUCGCUUCUAGAAAUAUGGAGUCAGUCUUUGUGGAGUCAGUCUAUCCGCGUUUAGAAAUGUGGGGUGAGCUCAACAUCUCUUCUUUGUUUGAGCUUCAAUUUCUAAGUUUUUUGGAGUUGGACAACAAUAAUUUCAGCAUCAUCCAUUAUCAUGGUCAGGGUGGAAACUCUUCCAACAACCUCUACUACCUUGAUUUGUCAGAUAAUGGCAAUCUUAAAGCUGAUCAUAUGCUUCAUUGGAUUUCUAAUCUUUCCUUUCUGCAGUAUCAGGACCUCACUGGAAUUAAUCUUCAAGAUGAAACUAAUUGGCUUCAGUUAGUUAGAUUGCUUCCUUCUAUUUCAGAGUUAUAUUUGGAGUAUUGCGGACUUCAGAACAUUUAUCCAUCCCUGCAAUACGCCAAUUUUACGGCACUUAACGUCCUUGAUCUUUCCAACAAUGAUUUUGUUCAAGCUAAGUUACCAAACUGGAUUUUCAAUUUCAGUUCUGGUGAGCUCAACAUCUCUUCUUUGUUUGAGCUUCAAUUUCUAAUUUUUUUGGAGUUGGGCACAAUGACUUCAUCAUCAUCCAUUAUCAUGUAUCAGGACCUCACUGGCAUUAAUCUUCAAGAUGAAACUAAUUGGCUUCAGUUAGUUAGAUUGCUUCCUUCUAUUUCAGAGUUAUAUGUGGAGUAUUACAGACUUCGGGACAUUUAUCCAUCCCUGCAAUACGCCAAUUUUACUGCAUUUAACGUCCUUGAUCUUUCCAACAAUGAUUUUGUUCAAGCUAAGUUUCCAAACUGGAUUUUCAAUUUCAGUUCUGAAAAAAAGAUUGUUGCCAAUGGAGAGGAGUCCAUUGUGACAACACUACUGGCAAAGUCACGGGGCUCAGUCUUACUUGUCCUCAAAUUUAUCCUAUUUGUGGUAAUGAUGUUAACAAACUGCAUUGCCUUACAGGGUGAAAACUCUUCCAACAACCUCCACCACCUUGAUUUGUCAAAUAAAGGCAAUCUUAAAGCUGAUCAUAUACUUCAUUGGAUUUCUACUCUUUCCUCUAUGAAGUAUCUGGACCUCACUGGCAUUAAUCUUCAAGAGGAAACUAAUUGGCUUCAGUUAGUUACAUUGCUUCCUUCUCUUUCAGAGUUAUAUUUGGAGUAUUACGGAGUUCGGGACAUUUAUCCAUCCCUGCAAUACGCCAAUUUUACUACACUUGACGUCCUUGAUCUUUCCAACAAUGAUUUUGUUCCAGCUAAGUUACCACACUGGAUUUUCAAUUUCAGAUCUGGUAUAUCAGCUAUUUUCCUCUCAAAAUAUUCAUUGCAAGGCCAACUUCCUCAAACAUUUCCACACUUUCAAACCCUUGAUUCCUUAUUUUUUGGAUGA